AUGCAGAUUGCAGCAGCUGCAGGGAUGAACCGCUGGAGCUGGGGAAACACUGGGAAUGUCAGAAAGCCGGAAAGAAGUGGGCCGUACCGAGGGAGGCUGAUGAUGCUGCUGUGGAUUAUCCUCUUCAGCUCGCCGUGCCUGAUGGUCGAAGGCCAGAUGAAGAUCCCACCAGAAACUGUGCAGCAGUGGGCUAUAUCCUUUAGCAAAGACAUAGCUGCCCUGUCUGCCAGAUACUCGGGAGCUAAAUUGCUACAGAAGAAAUACAAGGAUAUUGAGGGUGUGGUGAAGAUGGAGGAGGUGGAUGGAGAGGAGCUGGUGAAAAACUUUGCUGAGGAGAUGGAGGAGAUGCUCGGGAGGAAGAUGAAAUCCGUCAAGAGGUUAGCAGAAGCAGCAGAGGACGCUGAUCUUUACCACGAAUACAAUGAAACACUGGAGUUUGACUACUAUAACUCCCUGCUGAUCAACAUGGUGGAUGAAGAUGGGAAUUCAUUACCGCUGGGAGGAGAAUUCGCUCUGGAGAAAAACGAACACUUCAAUAAACUGCCAGUCAACACACAACUGAGUAACAUACAAGUCCCGACUAAUGUCUACAACAAAGAUACAGAUAUUCUGAAUGGAGCCUAUAUGUCUGAAGCUCUGAAUGACGUGUUCAUCGAUAACUUCCAGAAAGAUCCGACUCUCACCUGGCAGUACUUUGGCAGCUCUACAGGCUUCUUUAGGCUGUACCCAGGGAUCCAGUGGAUUCCAGAUGAGAAUGGUGUCGUCACAUUUGACUGCAGAAACAGGAACUGGUAUAUCCAAGCAGCCACUUCUCCCAAAGAUGUGGUGAUUGUGGUUGACGUCAGUGGCAGUAUGAAGGGACUGAGACUGACCAUUGCCAAACACACCAUUAACACAAUUCUGGACACACUUGGAGAAAAUGACUUUGUUAACAUUAUAGCUUACAGUGACUAUGUCCGUUACGUGGAACCCUGCUUCAAGGGCACUUUGGUACAAGCUGAUCUGGAUAACAGAGAGCAUUUCAAGCUGUUGGUUGACGGGCUCCAUGUCAAAGGAGAGGGCAAAGUGAAAAAGGCAAUGAAGGAAUCUUUCAAGAUCCUCAAUGAGGCUGCAGCACUGGGUCAAGGUAGCCUGUGUAACCAGGCCAUCAUGCUGAUUACAGACGGAGCCAUGGAGGACUUUCAGGAGGUUUUUGAAGAGUUCAACUGGCCAGACCGGCGGGUUCGAGUAUUCACUUAUCUGAUUGGACGAGAGAUGACAUUUGCUGAUAAUGUCAAAUGGAUUGCCUGCAACAACAAAGGUUACUACACACACAUCUCCACACUGGCGGAUGUCCAGGAAAACGUCAUGGAGUACCUCCAUGUUCUCAGCCGGCCAAUGGUCAUCAACCAUGAUCAUGACAUCAUCUGGACUGAGGCCUACAUGGACAGUGUGCUGUUCAACACUCAGGCCCAGAGUUUGCUCCUGAUGACCUCAGUGGCAAUGCCUGUGUUUAGCAAGAAGGAAGAGACUUUGUCUCAUGGGAUAUUGCUGGGAGUGGUAGGAACUGACGUGGCCCUAAGAGAACUGAUGAAAAUGGCUCCAAGAUACAAGCUGGGUGUCCAUGGUUAUGCUUUCCUCAUCACCAACAAUGGCUACAUCCUGUCUCAUCCUGAACUACGACCUCUGUAUAAAGAGGGCAAGAAGCUGAAGCCGAAACCCAACUAUAACAGUGUGGAUCUGUCUGAGGUGGAGUGGGAAGACACUGAGGAGACGCUGAGGACGGCCAUGGUUAAAGGAGAAAAUGGAGCCAUGUCCUUAGAUGUGAGAACUGCGGUGGAUAAAGGAACGAGAGUUAUGUUCCUAAAGAAUGAUUACUUCUACACUGUCAUCAACGAGACGCCAUUCAGUCUAGGUAUAGUGUUGACUAGAGGACAUGGAGAGUUUAUCUUCAUGGGAAACGUCUCUGUUGAGGAGGGCCUUCAUGACCUACAGGCUCCAGAUUUGACCAUACCCGAUGAAUGGACCUACUGUGAGACGGACAUUGACCCGGGGCAUCGUAAGCUGAGCCAGCUGGAGGCUGUGGUGCGAUUCCUCACGGGCAAAGAACCAGAACUUGAGUGUGAUAUGCAGCUGAUACAACAAACUCUAUUUGAUGCUGUGGUCACGGCUCCUAUGGAAGCUUAUUGGACCGCUCUCAUGCUGAACACAUCUGGUAUGGAUGAGGGGGUUGAAACAGCUUUCUUGGGGACCCGUUCAGGCCUGAUGAGAUUCCAGAGGUACACUGGCAUUGAGAAAAGAGUUGCCAAGUCUUUCCUGACCGCCACAGACAAGGAGAAUAUGUUCACCCUGGACCAUUUCCCAGUGUGGUACCGCAGAGCUGCUGAGAACCCAGCUGGACAGUUUCUAUACUACAUGCCCAGACAAGAGACAAGAGACAUAUUCAGGGACUAUGAGGCUGACUAUAGCGCCACCUUCAGUGCAGAAGAGGUGGAGCGUGAAGCGGAAGAGGGAGGGAGUAAACAGAGUGAGGCGGAGGAGGAGGAGGAUGAGGAGGAGGAGGAGGCUGGGAGAAUAGUGAUCGCCACCACUUCUAUCACUGUGACGGUGGGGAAAAGAACUGCCAUCGCUGGAGCCAUCGGUGUUCAGAUGACUCUGGAGUUGAUGGAGUCCAGAUUUUGGGCCAUUGCAGCUCAGCCAAAUGACACAGAUUGCUCCAAUGUGGAAGGGAUUUGUCCUCUUCGGUGUGACAGCAUUGAUAUCGAGUGCUACGUGAUUGAUAAUAAUGGCUUUGUCCUAAUUUCUAAGCAACGUAAUGAUGCGGGGAGGUUCUUUGGCGAGAUUGAUGGAUCGGUGAUGACCACAUUGAUCAGGAUGGGCAUGUUCAAAAGGGUGUCCUUGUUUGACUACCAGGCCAUGUGUAAGAUGAGCUCGCACUCUGUCAGCAGCGCCCGGCCUCUUCUCAGUCCUUUCUAUGGUUUGGCUUCAGCCCUCAAGUGGUUCCUCUCCAACUUCCUACUGUUUCUCCUGGAGUUUAAUAUCUGUGGCUUAUGGCACACGGAGCCUUUCGCUGAUGCCAAGCCAUCUUUCAGUGUUGCCUCAGCUCAUAAGAAAAAAGGGGACGUCCUGCAGCCAUGUGACACAGAGUACCCCAGCUUCGUCUACGAGCCGUCAGUCAAAGAGACCAACAGCAUUAUUAAGUGUGGACGCUGCCAGAAGAUGUUUGUAGUGCAGCAGAUACCAAACAGCAACCUGCUGAUGCUGGUGGUACAGGCAGACUGUGACUGCUCCAGACAGCAUCCACCGAUCACCAUGAACCCCAAGGAAGUCAGAUAUAACGCCUCAGUAAAGUGUGACAGGAUGAGGUCGCAGAAGAUUCGCAGACGUCCAGAGUCCUGCCACGCUUAUCACCCUCAGGAGAAUGCCAAUGACUGCGGAGGAGCGUCUGUUAUAUCUCUCUCAGCCUCUCUCUUCCUCUUCUGUCUCUCCUUCUCGGCACUUGUCUCCUGA